AUGUCACCAAACGGCAACGAAGUCCCUUCCAUUGCUUGUACUCGGUGUCGGCACAGGAAGAAGAAAUGUGACCAAAUUCUCCCGAGCUGCGGGCAGUGCACGAAAUCUGGCGCCCCCUGUGUCCGGUUUGCAGAAAGGAAGCCCAGAGCGGCGGCGGCGGUGCCGUGGGAGUAUGUUCAUGGCCUGGAAACUCGCAUCGAACAGAUGGAGCGGACUCUGGCCGAAUGCGUCGCAGAGCUCAGAGGAGCACAUAGGUUGACACAGAAACUGAACUCGCCUCACGGAUUCGUUGGCUCAGAUUGUGAACAAAAUCCAUCGCUGAAUGCGAACGACGAACUGAUGCAGCACGAUUCAGAUAGUUCCAUCCGCGGUCACGAAAGCGAAUGGAGCUCAACAUCUCAAAGUGCAACAACCUCCAAAUGCCGGCUACGCACAAGAAAUGACCUAGUUGAAGACAACUCGGUAUCGCCAACAUCUCAGCAUGAGAUUACUCAUGAUCCAAGACUGCGAGAUUUAGAUGUUCACCCGCGGCUUGAACCGACUGAUGACGAAUCAGGGGUUGAUCUUGUUAGCCCAUCUAAUCUUGAUGGCUACCUUAAACAUGUUCACCCGAUCUGGUCCUUCAUGGAAGAGGAUUUGCUGAAACAACAGCUUCAAGAGAGUAUGUCAAAGGAGGCCGCCAAGAACAACUCACAGCUCUUCUUCGCCCAGCUAGCUUGUGCCAUAGGCUGCUUUUACUCGAAUUCUUCUACCCCGAGUCGCGAUGCAAUUCGGCAAUCAACUACUCGUCAACUGCAAGCCUAUCUUUUGAUCGUCAUGUACGCGAUUCACAGUCCGGCACCAUAUCAGUUCUUUGACACUACCAACGAAGCCCUUUCGAAGAUGGCCGGGAUCCUCUCAGCCUUCGGGCGUCAUGUGGGAAAUACAGAACCCGAUUCAAUCGACCGCGAAGGGAAUCGGCCUUUAUUUUUAGUAAAUGGUCAAGAAGAGAAGCACCUCAAGACCGUCCUAAUCUACUCCUAUUCGGCAUACGAGCUGAUGGCUCUCGCUUGGGACCGUCCGCACGGAGAGUUUAUGGAGCUGAUGGAUGGAAAGGCUUGGAACCAGGCAGCCUGGAACACAUUUGAUGGAGCUCCCCAAGACGUCGUUUUUGACCAUCAGUUCUUGAUUCGCCUGAUACAAACCAAGAUCAGGAGGUUUUGGAAUGAAAGUGAGCGACUUGAUCUGGAGGAACAGCGUCAACAGAGAAAAGAUAUAAAGGCGGACUUGGAUCGCUGGCGAGCCUUGAUCCCCUUCACGUCGAGCAAUAUCGAGAGAUCAACCAACUACCAUCCUCUCUCUAUGUUGAAACUAUACGAUUAUAGCGUUUGCAACCUUUAUCAGCAGGGCGAUUACUUCCCUACGGAUGAAGAUUGCUUAGUUCUGCUGUCUGCCGUCAUGGAGCAAUUUCGAGUCGGCGUGACGCUCUUGGCAUGUUACUGGGAGACACCGUACCUCUCCCGCACCAUAGUCUUUGACUCCCCUGAUACACUCCAGGCCCUCGAAGACUGCGAGUUCACACUUUUGCGAUUCUCCCAACGUUGGGAAGCAGCUAAAGUAUACCACAGGACAUUUAAGCUUCUGUUAUCCCAAACGCCAUUGUCAUUUCCUGACAACUCGACCUUCACGUUUCCUGAGCACAUGGCCAAUGAGUUUCGUUGA